AAACCCUCGAAUCGCAGAGCCGCUUAAACCUCUAUCCCUCCGUCUCUCUUGCUCUCUCUGCGUAUGAAGAAGCUCCACAUUUCUUCUUGAGUUCUAGGGCUUGCUCCUUCCGCGCAGAUUCCCAAUGGCUUCGGUCGCUCUCAGAAACCCUAAAUACAAGCGCCUCGGCCCUUUCACUUCCCAAAUCUACUGGUGCUGUAGAGGAUCGGCUCGCUCGUCUCUCUCCGAUUCCAUAUCCGGAAAUGACCGGGUUUCCGUUCCGUAUUCCUGGUGGAGAUCCAUGGCCACUUUCACCCGAACGAAACCUCACGUGAAUGUGGGAACUAUUGGGCAUGUCGAUCAUGGGAAGACUACACUGACUGCAGCUAUUACAAAGGUGCUAGCAGAAGAAGGGAAAGCUAAGGCUGUUGCGUUCGAUGAAAUUGACAAGGCUCCAGAAGAGAAAAAGAGAGGAAUUACAAUUGCAACGGCACAUGUGGAGUAUGAAACAGCUAAGCGACACUAUGCACAUGUAGACUGUCCAGGACAUGCAGAUUAUGUUAAGAACAUGAUUACGGGUGCUGCACAAAUGGAUGGGGGUAUUCUUGUUGUAUCUGCCCCCGAUGGCCCCAUGCCGCAGACCAAGGAACAUAUUCUGCUUGCUCGCCAGGUUGGUGUGCCAUCACUUGUGUGUUUUCUAAAUAAGGUCGAUGCUAUUGACGAUCCUGAGUUACUGGAGCUUGUGGAAAUGGAGCUACGUGAGCUUCUUAGCUUCUACAAAUUUCCUGGGGAUGAGAUCCCUAUCAUUCAGGGUUCGGCUUUAUCUGCAUUACAAGGUACGAAUGAAGAGAUAGGCAAAAAAGCUAUCCUGAAAUUAAUGGAUGCUGUGGAUGAAUACAUUCCUGACCCUGUACGCCAGCUUGACAAACCUUUUCUGAUGCCUAUUGAAGAUGUAUUCUCAAUUCAGGGGCGUGGAACUGUUGCCACUGGUCGUGUUGAACAAGGAAUUAUUAAAGUUGGUGAUGAAGUUGAGGUUUUGGGGUUAAGGCAGGGCGCUCCUUUGAAAACCACAGUCACCGGUGUUGAAAUGUUCAAGAAAAUAUUAGACCAAGGGCAAGCCGGUGACAAUGUGGGUCUUCUUCUUCGUGGUCUAAAACGGGAAGACAUCGAGCGUGGUCAGGUAAUUGCCAAGCCUGGCACUGUUAAAACAUACACAAAAUUUGAGGCUGAGAUAUAUGUGCUCACUAAGGAUGAAGGUGGACGCCAUACAGCCUUCUUCUCAAAUUACAGGCCUCAAUUUUAUUUAAGGACUGCAGAUAUCACUGGGAAGGUAGAAUUGCCUGAGAAUGUUAAGAUGGUUAUGCCUGGGGACAACGUGACUGCAGUAUUUGAGCUGAUUUCACCUGUUCCGCUUGAACCAGGACAAAGAUUCGCCUUGAGGGAGGGAGGUAGAACGGUUGGUGCAGGUGUGGUUGCGAAAGUGCUGAGCUGAGUCGACACUUGAUGAUUUUUCAUAUUUUAAUCUGUUCAUUUGCGGAUUGGGGAAC